CCUCUCGCCCGCACCGCUUCCGCGUGUACUCCAGGGCCGGCUCUGGCCCGGGGUCUCCCUGCCUCCGCACCCCGGGCCUUCCUCCGACGCUCUCCCUGCACCCAGUGCCCUCCCCGACCCCUCUCAGCCCAGGCCUUUCCCUGCUCUUACUCCCCAGGUCCCUUCCGGGACCUCGGAUCGCCCUCAGAUCCUCCACUUGACCUUCCUGGACCCCCCAGGCCCUGCCCCUGGACCCUCAGUGCCUUCCCAGGCUUCUCCCUAGGACCCCCCAGGCAUUCCCCAGGCCCUUCCCUCGCCUCCUGGGAGCAUCCAGACUUUCCAAACCCGGUUCUUCCCCAGGCUCCACCCUAGACUCCCCAGUCUUUGCCCGGCUUGUCCCGGGAUCCCAGGGAUCCCAGGCCUCCAAAUCUCCCCUCGCCUUCCUGGGCUUCCCCCUGGACCCCCAGGCCUGCCCCAGCACUUCCCGGAAGCCCCGCACCCCAGGCCCUUGCCGUAGCUCUUCCUUCCCCCUGCCCUUCCUCCUGGCUUGAUUUUUUCUUUACCCACAUGCGGCUCCAGCCUCAGUGUUUUUCCUAGUGCGCUCCUGCAGUACCCCCUCUUCUUUUGCCCCCAGCCUUCCUGUCUUUUCCAGACCCCUCUCCCAGCUGAUGUAGCUUCUGAUGUCUCUGCUGCUCCCCCUCCUUGCCGGUCGGUCCCCAUCUACCCCUCUCCCAAGACACAGAUGGGCCUGAGGCACCAUGGUAUGGGUACACAGCAGACCCUCCUUCAGAGUUAGGAUGAGCAGACUGCAGGGCCCCGCAGUGUCUCAGGCAGCUUCUGAGUGGCUCAGGGCACGCCCCCCGCCUGUAGCUCCUUGGUGCCCUCUGUGGUCUGCCAGAGGCAGCAUGGUCCCUGCAACACCAUGGGCCCUGACAGAGUGACAGCCCGAGAACUGUGUGAGAACGACGACCUGGCCACCAGCCUAGUCCUGGAUCCCUACCUCGGCUUCCGAACCCAUAAAAUGAACGUAAGCCCUGUGCCCCCCCUGAGGCGACAGCACCACCUGCGCUCAGCGCUGGAAGCUUUCCUGAGGCAGCGGGACCUGGAGGCUGCAUACCGGGCCCUGACGCUGGGAGGCUGGAUGGCCCACUACUUCCAGAGCCGGGGCCCGCGGCAGGAGGCUGCCCUCAAGAUCCACGUCUUUCGCUACCUCCGCUCCUUCCUGCCCGAAAGCGGCUUCACCAUCCUGCCCUGCACCCGCUACUCCAUGGAGACCAACGGGGCCAAGAUUGUGUCCACCCGUGCUUGGAAGAAGAAUGAGAAGUUGGAGCUGCUGGUGGGCUGCAUCGCAGAGCUGCGGGAGGCGGACGAGGGGCUGCUGAGGGCUGGGGAGAACGACUUCAGCAUCAUGUACUCUACCCGUAAGAGGAGUGCACAGCUGUGGCUGGGCCCCGCCGCCUUCAUCAACCACGACUGCAAGCCCAAUUGUAAGUUUGUGCCUGCAGAUGGGAACACAGCUUGUGUGAAGGUGCUGCGGGAUAUUGAGCCGGGGGAUGAAGUGACAUGCUUCUACGGUGAGGGCUUCUUCGGGGAGAAGAAUGAGCACUGUGAAUGCUACACCUGUGAGAGGAAAGGUGAAGGAGCCUUUCGACUGCAGCCCAGGGAGCUGCAACAGCCACCACAGCUCCUGGACAAGUAUGAGCUCCGGGAGACCAAGCGACGCCUGCAGCGAGGCAUGGACAGCAGCCGGCAGAACCUGCUGGGCCCGCGGGCCUGCACUCACCUGUCCCCACUGCAUUGGGACCCAUUUUGUGCUGCCUGUCAGCCCCUGCACCUGCCACCCUGCGGCCCCCGCUUGGACAUCUCACCCCUCUGGCUCCAAUGGCUGCCUAAGCCCCAGCCUCGAGUGCGCCCCCGGAAACGCCGACGCCCCCGGCCCCGUCAGGCCCCCAUGCCCCCCACUGUCCGUGCUGCCUACAUCUCCCUCCACCGAUGGGGAGGCUGUGGCCCCCACUGCCGCCUGCGGGCUGAGGCCCUGGUGACUCUGGACCUUCCCCCUCGCACCCACUGGGCCCCCCAGCAGGACUGGCACUGGGCCCGGCGCUACGGGCUGCCUUAUGUGGUGCGUGUGGACCUCAGCCGUCUGGCCCCUGCCCCACCAGCCUCCCCUGCCCCAGCUGAUGCCCUAGGCCCCAUCCCCAUCCCUAAGCAGGCCCUUGCCUUUGCCCCCUUCUCCCCGCCCAAGCGCCUGAGGCUGGUGGUCAAUCAUGGCUCCAUUGACCUGGAUGUCAACAGUGGAGAGCCGUGACUGGUCAGGCAGGGGGGUCCAGGCAGGGUGGGGAAAGUCUUUCUCUUAGACACCCCACCAGACCCAGAAGGAACCUCUUGAGAAGGAGCUGACCCUUGACUCCAGCACAGUUCUGACCCUGGGACGGGGUUGGUUAGGACAUCCCCAGGGAUCUGAUACCCAACCCUCUAUGACUGCUGACCCCUGAGCCACCCCCACACCCAGCAAUGAGCCCUGGCCAUUUGCUGCCCUUGCCCCCACUCAGGACCACAGGAGCCAUCCCCUCCCCUCAGUCCUUCCACUCCAGGGAGAAAAGCCAUAGUGCGUGGGGACCACUCUAUGGCAUCUCCCCAGAAGCCCAGGCCUCAUGAGGAGGUAGAACUGACUCGGGGGUGGCCCUCCUAGAGACUGCCCCCAUGAUGGGGAGUGGAUGUGCUCCCGACUCUGCAGCUGUGAGGUAGGGGCAGGUUGGGGGCCGUGGUGUCUGGGCACAUUCUCACCACCCCCACAGGUCUCAGGGAGGCCGGGUGCGACCUUAUCUUUUUCAUGGUGCUAUCCCUGGUGCUACUGGGGUAUGCGAGCUUCUCCAUUCCCCACACCAGAAUGGGGUAUGUUGGGGGAUUGGAAGCACUUGAACUUUUUAUUUUAUUAAAAACCUUGUUAUAAGCAGUA